AUGUCUCAAUUUUCCAAUGUGUUAAACGUUCUUCAUGAUGCAUGGUUGAAAGUGACGACGGGACAAGUUUUUCCGAAUCAAAUCCAUGAUGUGAACACAUCUCGAACGAUUCGAGGACUCUCUCCUACACUGUUCACUCAAAUAUUAAUUUUACUUUCAAGUAUUUUGACGGGUGGAUUCCGAUAUUAUCAUUCAAAAACAGCCAUACGAACGAAUCAUCAACGAGGAGUCCUCGAUCACACAAUGUUAUCCUCACAAGAAGGGAUAUCGAGUGUUGCUGAACAUGGUACUCUUUCAACUACAACUCUUUCAACAACUCCUAGUAGUAGUAGUAGCAGUAGUAGCACCAUGACACCUUCGAAUCGAAAUGCACAACACAAUCCCUUCUUUGGAGAGAGACCACAUUACUUUAUGCCACCCUCUGAUAUGGAACAAUAUCGAACAAGAUCCACAAGUGUUGCACAACAUUUUUACAUUCCCUAUCCCAAUGAUCCUCCUCAUACCUUUCCAUCCAUUAAGGCUAGAUCUCUCUUUACAAAAUCUCCAAAGAAAUUAAGUCAAGUGUAUAUUGAGAGAAUUGAUCCAGUGAAUCGAUCGAAUUUGAGAAGUGGUGCAAAAUUAAAAGUACCAAUACAACAAUUAGAAGAGAGAUUUAGAACUGUCUAUACAAAUGCUAAAGAUAAUGGAUUGGAAAUUACAAUGAAUGUUAAAAAGAAUUUAAAUUCACAAGAUCAAUUUGAAAAGUUAGGAUUUUAUACAAGUGGUGGUAGUGGUAGCGGUACAAGUGAUAAUCUUGGAAGUGGUAAUCUUGGUAGUUCUAGUGGUAGUUCUAGUGGCAAUAGUAAUGAAUUCAAGACAAUAUCGAAUCCAUCAUCCACUACAAGUAACAACACUUCUCCAAACAUGACCUAUGAUUUUCAUCAUGUGGAUGGUUUAAUAACACCACCAUUGUAUCGAUUGGAGUGA